GUGCCUGAGAUUAUAAGCUCUAUUCGACAAGCUGGAAAAAUUGCUCGUCAAGAAGAGUUUCAGAAUAAUCUCUCUGACGUCGAAGACCCUUUUGCCAAAAAGUUUGAGGUGCUGUUCUGUGGACGGGUGACAGUAGCACACAAAAACGCACCUCCAGCGCUCAUAGAUGAAUGCAUUGAGAAAUUUAAUCAUGCAAGCUGUACAAAAAAGUCAGAUUUCAACACAUUGUCCCAACAACAUGAAACUGCCAAUAACUUCGGAGGCUUCUCUUUCAGCAGCAAAUUUCGAUCUGUUUUCCAGCCCCUGGUCAGUGAAGAGGAGGAGAAAAGGCCAAUUAGAAAAUCCUUUUCUCAGCCUGGCCUUCGUUCCUUUGCUUUUAAGAAGGAUUUUCAAGAGGGAAACCACAGGAGUAACAGCUUUAUCAGGUCUUUUGAAGAAGAUGCAAUUUCACUGAACCUAAAAAGUCAACUUAUCUAUGGACACAGUGUUGUGCAGCCAACAGACAUGGCAGAAAACCGGACGAUGUUGUUUACGAUUGGCCAGUCUGAAGUUUACCUUAUCAGUCCUGACACAAAAAAAGUAGCAAUUGAAAAAAGCUUUAAGGAAAUAUCCUUUUGUUCUCAGGGAAUUAGACACGUGGAUCACUUUGGGUUCAUCUGCAGAGAGUCUUCAGAAAAUGGAGGCUUCCACUUUGUUUGCUAUGUGUUUCAGUGUACAGAUGAAGCACUGGUGGAUGAAAUCAUGAUGACAUUGAAACAGGCUUUCACAGUAGCUGCUGUGCAACAGACUUCCAAGGCACAGCCCCAGCUCUGUGAAGGGUGUCCUAUGCAAAGCUUGCAUAAACUCUGUGAAAAGAUAGAAGGGUUACACCCUUCUAAGACUAAACUAGAACUACAAAAGCAUCUAACAACACUAAAUGGCCAGGAGCAAGCAUCUGUUUUUGAAGAGGUUAAGAAAUUAAGACCAAGAAAUGAUCAAAAAGAGAAUGAGUUGGUUAUCUCUGUUUUGAGAAACAUGUAUGAAGAGAAACAGAAGGACCAUGUCCAUGUUGGAGAAGCCAAACAGAGCUCACAGCCCCCUGCUGAGAAUGCUGUAAAUGAGGUGCCCAGCAGUGCUCCAAGAUUCAGAUUAGAUAUGUUAAAGAACAAAGCAAAAAGAUCUUUGACAGAAUCAUUUGAAAGUAUUUUAUCACGUGGCAGUAAAGCCAGGGGUCCACUGGACAGUUCUGGUGCUGUGGAUUUGGACAGCCCCGCGGCCAGUACCUUGAGUAGCACAAGUAAAGAACCACCAUUGUGUGAAAAGGAGAAAGACAGGCUUGCUGCACUUCCUACAGAAAACGCUGUCGAGACUAGUGGAUCAGCGGGUGAUCUCUCCAGUGACGCAGAUGACUCUGCUAUUGAGCAGUCUGUUACGUUACCUCAGCAAAGCUUUCGGAGGCGAGCAAACACACUAAGUCAUUUGCCAACAGAAAGCCAGGAAUCUCUGGUACCUGCCGAAACAUCGCCAUCUGUUCCCCAGAGGAAACUUAUGAGGUAUCACUCAGUGAGCACAGAGACUCCUCACAAGAGAAAUUCUUCUGGUCAACUUGCGUGUUCUCCUACUCUAGCUCGUCUUAAUCCCUCGGCCUCUUCACCCAACUUCUUUAAAUAUCUAAGGCAUAAUUCAAGUGGAGAACAAAGUGGGCAUUUUGCACAAAAGAGCAUCUCCUACCGUACUGCCUUAAGGAAAAAGCUUCAUUCUUCUUCUUCUGUGCCAAAUUUCUUAAAAUUUCUGGCUCCUGUAGAUGAAAAUAACACCUCUGACUUUAGGAGCACAACAAGCGACUAUGAAUCCAAACACAGCCAGCAGGCCAUUGGUGCGGACAGCCCUGUAAGGACUCGACGGCAUUCGUGGAGGCAACAGAUAUUCCUGCGAGUGGCGACCCCUCAGAAAGCGUGUGAUUCUCCCAGCCGAUAUGACGAUUACUCUGAAUUGGGAGAACUUCCACCGAGAUCCCCAUUGGAACCAGUGUGUGAAGAUGGCCCCUUUGGGCCAGUGAAAGAAGAAAGGAAACGGACGCCCCGUGAGCUUCGCGAGUUGUGGAAGAAAGCCAUUAUUCAGCAGAUACUGCUCCUCAGAAUGGAGAAAGAAAACCAGAAGUUACAAGCUUCAGAAAACAAUCUGCAGAACAGACGUCUGAAACUUGACUAUGAAGAAAUCACACCAUGCUUAAAAGAUGUAACUUUGAUAUGGGAAAAAAUGCUGAGUACACCUGGAAGGGCAAAGAUUAAAUUUGAUGUGGAAAAAAUACACUCCGCUGUUGGUCAAGGGGUACCACGUCACCACCGUGGGGAGAUCUGGAAGUUUCUAGCAGAGCAAUACCAUCUUAAACAUCAGUUUCCGUGUAAACAGCAACCAAAGGACACACCUUAUAAAGAACUCCUAAAACAACUCACUUCCCAGCAACACGCAAUUCUUAUUGACCUAG